AGUUUCCUUCUUUGCCGGUAGUCUAAUUGUUGUUGUUGUUUUUUUAUUAGUUCGGUUUAAAAACAUGGAGGAAGAAAACGGAGAUCAAGAGUUGUUAUUCAAUACUAGUGCCGAUCAGUCAACCAAAAAACAUGAACGAGUAAUCAUUCAUAUUGAUAUCGAUUGCUAUUAUGCCCAAGUUGAAAUGAUACUCAAUCCAUCUCUGUGUGGCAAACCACUUGGUAUAAAACAGAAAAAUCUUGUUGUAACCUGCAACUAUGAAGCAAGAGCUCUGGGUGUCGAAAAACUCAUGACGAUAAAGUCUGCAUUGGAAAAGUGCCCUUCGUUGAUACUAGCAAAUGGAGAGGACUUGAAAAUUUACAGAGAGAUGUCAGAAAAGAUUUAUCACGUGCUUCAGUCAUACAGCCCUUUUGUGGAGAAACUUGGCUUGGAUGAGAACUUUGUUGAUGUGACUCAUAAGAUCAUGAAGUUGCCAGAAGUUCAACAAGUUGUUUCUGGACACACUUUCCAGGACAGUGAUGAUAUUUGUGCAUGUGGUUGUACUGAAAGACUAGCACAAGGAUCACUUAUUGCCCAGAAAAUGAGAGAUCAUCUUAGAAAUGAAUUAGGAAUUACUUCCUGUGCUGGGAUUGCUUUCAACAAGCUUUUAGCUAAGCUAGUUGGAACAACCCAUAAACCAAAUCAGCAGACAACACUGCUUUCAACUUCAUCCUUAAGUCUAAUAACAUCAUUGAAGCACCCAAGAAACAUUCCCGGAAUUGGUUCAGCAAUCAAUAGAAAACUAGAAGCUCUUGGCAUUGAUACAAUAGAGAAACUACAAUCUACAGAAAUAUUUAAGCUUACGGAAGCACUUGGAGCCAAAACAGCUAACCAAAUUCAACAACUGAGUUUUGGCAUAGACAACAGCCGCGUGAAGAUAACGGACAGACCAAAAUCGAUUGGAGCUGAAGAUGGAUUUAUUCCCAUCAGAAGUGAGGUUGAGGUACGGAAGAAGCUAAUGUGUUUGUUAGAUCGAGUUUUGGAGUUGGUUGAGAAAGAUGGUCGUAAACCAAAUCAACUUAAGCUGACAGUGCGGAAACUACAUCCCUCAAGCCACAGUGUAAGAGAGAGUCGUCAGACGACCAUAGAAUAUGCAACUGGAACUGGUAGUAGCGCAAACCAGGGUCCAGGAGAUGAAAAACAUAAAAUCAAGUUGAUGACAACAUUAAUGAAUCUUUUCGAAAAGAUCAUCGGCUGCGACGUUUCGUGGCAAGUUACGUUGCUUGGCAUCUCAUUCUCGGGUUACCCAUCCAAAAAUAGUGAAAGUCCAGCUAAAAAUUCAAUCAACAAAUACUUCCCCGUGAAAACGAGUUCAUCGCGACCAGACGAACCCCUACCGCCAGCCAAGCGUGGUCGCUUUGAUGAAUCUGUUCUUCAAGAAUUGCCUCCAGACAUUCGCCAAGAAGUGCUGGAAGAUAUGCAAAACCAACUGCCUUCGUCCGACCCACAAAAACCAACCGAUUCUAAUUGUCCAAAAGGAGUCGACCCCCUGGUCUUCCGCGAACUCCCGGUGGAAAUCAGGGAAGAGCUCUUAGCCGAGGAGAGGAUGAAAAAGCAAAGUAACAUUAAAAAAUCUAACAAUUUGUUACAGUAUUUUCGGAAAGCUUCCUAGAACCAGAGAUCACUUUCAAGAAAUGGCUCGCGAACAAUUAACUGGAUUUUAUUAAACUGGCUCGUUAUUUACCUCUUUUUGUUUACCAAAAGGGCACAGGCACCAUUUGUUUUUACCUAUUAGGUAUUUUUUGGACUUUUCAAUCCGGUUGUUAAAUCGUGGUACACUACACGAUCACAAGCAAUUGAUUGUUACACCAGAAUAUUCGAUCGGUUUUCGAUAUUACCGGUAGGAUUUGGGUUUGCUGCCUCAAUUACCAUCCAUGGUUAUGCAUUUUCUACCUCAUUUACUAUUAAGUUCUACCCCUAUUUCUACUCUGAAACUUGAUUUUUGUUAUUUUUUGUUUAGAAACAGUAUAGUUCUUGUUUCGAAGACAAAGAUAAAAACACAGCAUAACAGGAAUCCAGAAUUAAAUUACAACCUCUAUCUGUACACAGAAACUGGCCAAUCAAGUUGGAACUGUCUUCAAUUUCUAUUUUCGUUGCAGGCACUUAGCCAUGAUUCCAGUUUCUGCCUUCCAAGUGAUUUAACCUUCGGCACGAAUGAAAAUUUUGUUAUGAAUAUCAUAA